AUCAACCAAUCAACAUUACAUUGCUAAAAUUCGGGUUCAAAGUCCGAUAAAACUUCUUGUUGCAAAAUAAAUUGUAUUCAAAACUUUAAUUAAAGGCUCAAGCUCAUACAUACAAGAUGUUUACGCUCCGCCAAGUAGGCUGUAAUGCCAGGUCCAUCUUGGGCAGCAUCCGACAGAUGUCGGCGAGUGCUGGACCUCUGGUGGACGUAGCGGUGGAUAACGCCGGUGUCGCCACUGUCACUAUGCAGAGGCUACCCGUCAACAGUCUGAACUUGGACCUGUUGACUGAGAUGAACAAGACCCUUGAUGAUCUUGCUAAGAACAAGACUAGGGGCAUGAUAUUGACUUCUGCUUCACCAACAGUAUUCUCGGCUGGUCUGGACAUCAUGGAGAUGUACAACCCUGACUUCAAGCGGGCGGAGACCUUCUGGAACACCCUGCAGGAUGUGUGGCUCAAGCUCUUCGGCUCGGGAUACCCCACCGCUGCUGCCAUCAAUGGUCAUGCCCCAGCCGGCGGCUGUCUGCUAGCCCUGUCCUGUGAGUACCGAGUGAUGGCCACAGGCAAGUUCACCAUCGGCCUUAACGAGACGGCCCUGGGCAUUGUAGCCCCCACCUGGUUCAUUGACAGCAUGUGCAACACCAUCUCUUCGAGGGAGGCUGAGUUUGCUCUCACAACCGGGAGGAUGUUUUCUGUAGAUGAAGCUUUGAAGACUGGCCUGAUAGACGAGACGGCAGCCGACAAAGCUGGUACUAUUGAGAAAUGUAGAGGCUUCAUAAAGAAAUUCGAAAGGAUAUCGCCAAUGGCUCGCGCGGCCACCAAACAGAAAAUACGCGAAAUACCUCUGAGGAAACUGAUGCAGAACAGACAGAAAGAUACUGAGGAAUUCCUCAACUACUUGAAAAACCCAAUGGUACAGAAGGGUCUAGAAAUGUACAUUGCUAGUCUCAAGCAAAAAGCCAAGAAGUAAGAUAACAUAGCAAAUCAAUAACACUGCCAAAGUGCUUGUGAAUCCGAAAGAAAUGUUUGAUCCUAUGAUAGGCAAAUUAUUAACAGAUGUGUAAGUAUAGGAAUGUUAAAUGUAAGUACACUUGUUUUCAUAGUAUUUAUGUAUUGUAUACAAGUUUUUAGAUAGGAUUUUUUGAAGUAUUUUAAGAGCAACUAUGUUAUAUUUUAUGAUGAAGUGAAUAAACCUUUUUUAUUGAAACAAAAA